AUCAUGGGAUACAAAAUUUUUACUCAUGAGAUUCAAUCGAGCUAUGCAGCAAGGGUAGACAACUUUAGGAGUUACGAUACAAUUAGCAAAGAUAUACUUCAGAGGUGGACAUAUCCUUUUGUUCCGGACGUUCAGUAUUUAGGAAAUGGCUUGCAGAUGAAGUUAGACAGAGAAGGAAUCUAUAAAGCACCUGAGGUUGUCCAGUCACGUUCUGCACGCAUUGAUGCUUUUACCGUGCUUGGUAAUGCAGCCACAGUUGGUGAUGAUACUAUUAUCUCUAAUUCAGUGAUCGGUCAAGGUUGCACAAUCGGGCACAAUGUUGUAAUAGAAGGUUCUUAUAUAUGGGAUAAUGUCAUCAUUGAAGAUGGUUGUAAAUUAAGCCAUGCUGUUGUUUGUGACGGUGUUCAUCUAAGGACAGGUGUAGUUCUUGAGCCUGGCGUCAUAUUAUCCUUCAAGGUUGAGGUUGGGCAGCAAAUAGUGAUUCCUGCUUACUCGAAUGUUUCCCUUCUUCCACAACCAUCCAAGCAGGAUAGUGAUGAAGAAUUGGAAUAUGCUGAUGCUAGCACGGGAAUUAUCGAAAGCCCAUCAAUUGCUACUAUGAUGAAUACUCAGAAAGUGGAUAUUGGUUUUGGUACCUCAGAUAUGAAUAGGUUGGGGACAUCUGAGUUUUACGUCUCUGGAGCUGGUUAUAUUUGGUCAUCCUGUGAGGGAGGAAAUGAAGAUGAAUGGAGACACUCAAUUGCACCAAUCCCUGCAGACAAGCUCUCAGUAUUAGUGCCAAAUUCUUUUGCUGAUAUUGAUGCAGCAGACCAGGACACGGGCAGUAUUCCAGCAUCUGGUGAAUUGCUACCUGAUUCUGGGAGUACAGUUGGUGAUGGUGAAGAUUAUAGAGAUUCUGCUGAUUUUGAAAAGGAGGUGGAUGCAACUUUUCAACGAGCUCUUGCUGGUGUGAAUUUGGAGAACGUUAUCUUGGAAAUCAAUUCACUAAGAUUGUCAUAUCAUAUGUCACAUGCUGAUUGUGCUGGCGCAUUGUUCCAUUCGAUAAUGAAGGCAGCAUUGGUAUUCCCCUAUUCUUCUAAAAAUGAAUUAUACGCAAAUACUGUCAAGGAAAUUAUCAAAUGGAGGGAUCUUCUUAAGCAUUACCUUAAAACCUUAGAUGAAGAGAUUGAGGUGAUCUUAAAAUUCGAGGAGAUUUCCGUCGAAACAGCAAGAGAAUUCUCUCCUUUGUUCUCAAAUAUUCUGAGUUUCCUCUAUGAUAAAGAAAUUUUGUCAGAGGAGGCAAUUUUAUCUUGGGCGCAGGAGAAAGAAGGUGCUGACGAGUCUGAUAAGAUCUUUACUAAGCAAUCAGAACAGUUCAUUAAGUGGCUUAGAGAAGCUUCAGAGGAAGAAGGGGAAGAAGAUGACUAAAUGCUUUGAUCAAUAGAGUCAUCUAACCAGCAGCAUGGGUUCUGUUUUUCCUCCUUUUUUUUUGGCGGUUUUAUUCCUUUUCUUAUUUGUAAAAUUGCUAUAUGUUUUUAGUAUUCAUUCUAGAUUUUCUAAAGGAUGUAAAUGUUGAUGAUUUUUUUUAGAUGUUAUUUUAAUUUUUAUUUCCCUUUUAUGAAAAUU